CCUGUUGUACCCAAGCUGUUUUAUUUUCCGCAGUUCAGUACAGUUUGUUGGAAGUAUUUUGAGGAAAAGAGCGGAUUUGUAGCGUUACUAAACCAUGCCUAAGGUCAGGAGAAGCAGGAAGCCUCCACCAGAGGGCUGGGAGCUGAUUGAACCUACGCUGGAUGAACUGGACCAGAAAAUGAGAGAAGCUGAGACAGAGCCACAUGAGGGGAAGAGAAAGGUGGAGGCUCUCUGGCCCAUCUUUAAGAUUCACCACCAGAAGUCUCGCUACAUCUUCGACCUGUUCUACCGCAGGAAGGCCAUCAGCAGAGAGCUGUACGAGUACUGCCUGAAGGAGGGGAUAGCAGACAAGAACCUGAUAGCCAAGUGGAAGAAGCAGGGCUAUGAGAACCUCUGCUGUCUGCGCUGUAUCCAGACAAGAGACACAAACUUUGGCACCAACUGUAUCUGCAGAGUCCCAAAGAGCAAGCUGGAAGAGGGCCGUAUUGUGGAGUGUGUACACUGUGGGUGCAGAGGCUGUUCUGGAUAGAGUCAUCUACACCAGCUGCUACUAUUCAACUAUCCAAUGAUAAUGUUGACUCUUAUCUAUGGCUGUAGAUUCCUCAGUUUGCUAUUUUGUAAUAUUGGUGAGACUGAACUUAAAAUGCUACUCUAGAGUCCGGAAUAGAUUUGGCUGUAAUUUUGUUUUGCUUCUUUUUUUUAUAUGUCAUUAUUAACCUAAGUUAUGGUUUUUACUUAUUCGGCAAAUAUCACAAACUGUAAUGAUAAAGUCACACAUACAUGUACAUUGUACUGGGUAAGGGGAAUCAUGACGCAAGAAGUAAGUAAAAAUCCAAUCAAUAAUCCUAGUUACCUAGUCCUGUUGAUCAGGUAUUCUUUGUUUGUUUUAACUGAGCUAAGAAUAUAAAUUAUAUGUGUACUUUGACACAGAGUAACAUCAAAAAGGGUCGAAAAUAUAUGUAAGGGGCCUUUUGCUGUUUUCUUAUUGGACGACUUCCAUCUAAAAGUACUGUAGUACAUUUUCUGAUAAAUUUUAGCAGUUUUUGUCUAUGUUUAUGGUGAAUAUGCAUUGCCCACAUGUGUCUAUGUUGUGCAAGGUAACACACACAGUCAAUCACGCAACUGAAUAAAAUUUGGAAACAGUCA